GUUCGAGUUGCUGUAAUCCAAAAUGCAAUAGCGUUGCCGACAACAGCGCCAGUAGAAGAGCAGAAGAAGGCGCUGCAUCACAAAAUCGGCGUGAUGAUCGAGGCGGCAGCUAUGGGUGGCGCCAACAUUGUGUGUUUGCAAGAGACGUGGAUGAUGCCGUUUGCCUUCUGCACCAGAGAGCGAUUGCCGUGGACGGAAUUUGCCGAAUCCGCAGAAAAUGGUCCUACGACGAAGUUCCUAUCAGAGUUGGCUGCAAAAUAUGGUAUGGUGAUCAUCAACCCGAUUUUGGAAAGAGACGAGUCAAAAGAUGAUGUCAUUUGGAAUGCGGCAGUUAUUAUUUCUCAAACAGGUAAAAUCAUCGGCAAAACACGAAAGAAUCACAUCCCCAGAGUUGGCGAUUUCAAUGAGUCAACCUACUACAUGGAAUCGACACUUGGUCAUCCAGUUUUCCAGACAGUCUUCGGAAAGAUCGCCGUUAAUAUCUGCUACGGACGCCAUCAUCCUCAAAACUGGAUGAUGUAUGGGCUGAACGGCGCCGAAAUCAUCUUCAAUCCUUCUGCCACUGUUGGUGCUCUGAGUGAGCCUUUGUGGGGAAUCGAAGCCCGUUGUGCAGCCAUAGCGAAUCAUUGCUUCACAGCCGCCAUAAAUCGUGUCGGUACCGAGGUUUUCCCUCACGAAUUCACCUCAGGGAACGGACUUCCAGCUCAUCGCGAUUUCGGCCACUUCUAUGGAAGCAGUUAUAUUGCUGCCCCAGAUGGAAGUCGAACUCCAGGACUGUCGCGUACGAGGGAUGGAGUGCUCAUUGCAGAGGUUGAUCUCAAUCUCUGCCGUCAGACAAAGGACGCUUGGGGCUUUAGGAUGACAAACAGAUUGGAUCUCUACGCGAAGAGUUUUGCAAAAGCUGCUGAUCCAUACUACAAACCCGAUAUUCGAAAGGAAACCUAA